AAGCUCAAAUUAACUUAAGAACUCACACUUAAGUUUUAAACCUCCAAGGAUGUCUCUCUUCACGCUCUUCUUCGCUUGCUUUGUUCCAAAAUCUGGUUCAAGGAUUAACACAACCGACAGUAAUUUGGAAGUCUUGUCUUUGAAGAAACCCAAAAGAAAAACCGAGUCCAUAAGAACUCCUACUAUCGUCGUCUCUUAUUUUCCCGUAGGCUCCAACCUUUCUCGUCUAUAGGAACUAGGAAGUAGGAAGGAUAAAAGUGAAAUUCUGUAGUUAUGAUCACAACCAAGAAAAUAUAUGAGGCUGAUACUAUUGAUCCAGUCCAAUCUUGUUUAUCUAUGUAAUAGACCAAUGAAAGAUUCUGCUUGUGGUCGACACUUUUUUGUAAUGAUGAUUUUGUUUUGGGUAAGUUUAUGUAUAUACAGUGGCACAGAGACAGAAUAACUAUUUAUUGAUAUAAAUAUUAUUUUUUAGUCAAAACUUUCUUACUUAAUUGAAAAUGAAAUAAAAUAUUUAGCAGC